AUGGAUGUGGAUCCAAUAUUUUAUGAAGCCGUGACGCGAGAUGAGGCUUUUCGGCAAGCCGUCUAUGACUUUAUGGAGCAUCAUGCGCCUGUGGUCCACACUCACUAUAUGCGAGGUGCGCUUCACAACCUUGUCUUCUCUUAUUUCGGCACAAGCCAGAACAUUGAAAUGCAGCGCCUAACCCUUGCCUUGCAUAAUACCUACAGUCUGGAAGGAUUGAUGGAUAUGGCUUUGCUCGACACCAUCCGCAUGAACCUAGACCUAGUGAAUCAGGACAGCAUCCGCACGAAUGUUGGAAUGGCAAAUGAGAUACUGUAUUAUGGCGUGGGGCAACAGCCAGGGUCAUCGAGCGCCACCAUUCCAAAUCUAAGCGGGCUUGCCUCUUUUGCUGAGCCUGCGCAUACCAGCACAAGCACCUUGCCAACCUAUCAUUUCUAUCAGCUUACUGGAGAAGAGCCAGCAGUGGGCAGCUCGGCCUUCAACCGUCCUGGCAGUUCUGCCGCUGAUGACGCCGGGACAGGGCAUGUGACAACGACCAGCUCUGCUCCUGUUGUGGAUUCUUCAAACAGUGUUGUCAAAUGCCAUCCAGAUGGUCUCGAGCACAAAAUCACCAUUGAACCCAAGGACAAGAGUUGGUUGUUUAAAUGUGACGAAUGUGGUCACGAAGUCAUAUGGCGCGAGGAGUUCACCCGCCACAUGCGGGUGGGAGAGGCGAGGGCUGACUUCAAGCUUGUGAAUGCUGUUCCCGAAGAAGGUCUGGUCUGGUAUGGAGUUGACGCCGCCGGGAACGAGUACAUGGGGGGGCUUGUUGAGAGGCAGAACCCGGACGAGAGGAGGCCUAAACGAGGGAUACCACCUCCUUGUGGACCACGUUUUAAAGCCCGUCGAAGAGGCAACGGAUAG